CGGGGGCGGUUCCGGGCGGCGGGGGCGGGGGCAGGGGGAGGAAGGGGGCGGGGCCCUGGAAGUUGCUGGGCGCUGGGCGCUGGGCGCUGGGCCGGCGGCGGGGCGCGAGGACUAGCGGCGAGCGGCGAGCGGCGAGCGGCGAGCGGGCUGCGGGCUAAGGGCUGCAGGCCGGUGGGCGGAGCGGGCCGGGGCUGGAGAAGUUUGCGCGGCGCCGGCGCUUGGGGAGCGCAGGGUGCGGGGCCCCGCCGGCCGCUGCGCGCCUGCUGCCAUGGCUUUUCGUAGGAGGACGAAAAGUUACCCGCUCUUUAGCCAGGAGUUCGUCAUCCACAACCAUGCGGACAUCGGCUUCUGCUUGGUGCUCUGCGUCCUCAUCGGGCUUAUGUUCGAGGUCACUGCCAAGACUGCCUUCCUAUUUAUUUUACCUCAGUAUAAUGUUAGUGUGCCUUCAGCAGAUAGCGGUGAGACCGUGUACUACCACUACGGGCCGAAGGACCUGGUCACAAUCUUGUUCUACUUCUUCAUCAGCAUCAUCUUGCAUGCAGUGGUUCAGGAGUACAUUUUAGAUAAAAUCAGUAAACGGCUUCAUCUCUCCAAGGUUAAAAACAGCAAGUUCAAUGAGUCUGGACAGCUGGUCAUCUUUCAUCUCAGCUCAGUGAUAUGGUGCUUCUACGUAGUGGUGACGGAAGGAUAUUUAACAAACCCAAGAAGCCUCUGGGAAGACUACCCGCAUGUGUACCUCCCCUUCCAGGUGAAGUUUUUCUAUGUGUGCCAGCUGGCCUACUGGCUGCAUGCACUUCCUGAGCUUUACUUCCAGAAAGUACGCAAGGAGGAAAUUCCUCGCCAGCUGCAGUACAUUUGCCUAUACUUGGUCCACAUAGCUGGAGCAUACCUCUUAAACCUCAGCCGCCUGGGACUGAUCUUGCUGUUGCUGCAGUACUCCACCGACUUCCUCUUCCACAUGGCUCGACUCUUUUACUUUGCAGAUGAGAACAACGAGAGGCUGUUCAAUGCCUGGGUUGCUGUGUUUGGGGUCACCCGCCUCUUCAUUCUCACCCUCGCCGUGCUGGCCAUUGGUUUUGGACUAGCCCGAGUGGAAAACCAAUCCUUUGACCCUGAGAAAGGGAACUUCAACACUUUGCUUUGCAGGCUCUGCGUGCUGCUGCUGGUGUGUGCUGCUCAGGCCUGGCUUAUGUGGCGCUUCAUCCACUCCCAGCUGCGGCACUGGCGAGAAUACUGGAACGAGCAGAGUGCCAAGCGCAGAAUCCCAGUUGCUCCCAGACUACCGACCAGGCUCAUGAAGAGGGAAUCUGGUUACCAUGAAAAUGGAGUGGUGAAAGCAGAGAAUGGCACCUCCCCACGGACUAAGAAACUCAAGUCUCCUUAAGGCCAAAGUGCUGAGAACAGGAAAUCUCUCGAGGGGGGCCCAGCAGGGAAGCAGGGAGCCCCAGCCUCUUCACUGCCUCCCCCUUCCUACUCCUGAAGCUCCUUCUCAACCGCAGAAAACCUGUUCUUCGGGCAGGCCUUUUCUUCUUUCUUGGCUUUCUCUUCUUACUCUUCCAUAAACCAUUCUCAAUAAAACCAAAAAUCUUACCCCUCUCUUUCCCUCUCUCUUCCUCAAGCCACCUGAUGUGCUCACCUUUGUCCUAUGUAGAGCUUGUCUUGAAGCCCAGAUUCUCAUCUUUCUGUUGUCUUCCUUUUCCUUCCCUUCAUAGAUACUUCUCUCUCUCUCUUCAUUUCAUUUACUGUGCAAUUUUUCUGUGUCUGAUUUUUACAAUGAGAGGGAGCUAAGAUCACAGUCCUCGUUAUCCAAUAUCAGCUCGCAGGACCUGUCAGAGUCUGGAAGCCUCGUGCCAAGGAGCCUCUGGGCUGGAGCAGGCACCUUGGUGGUCCCUGCACAGAUGAGCAAGAAGAGGAGAGACCUCUUGGAUCAUAAUCUCCUCGGUGCUGAUUAAUUGAUGAGAUAUAUUGUUCCAAUUCUGCAUGCACCAUCUUGAGACCCACCAGUGCCAUCACUAGUUGCAAAGGCAUUUAGUUUGGGGACCUGCUGACUCAACUUUGAAGGGUGGCAUUAACUGUAUUGAGUCCCUUGGCUCGAGAGAACUCACCAGUCUUCAGUCCCAGAUUGGAAACCAGCCUGCUGUCACUUUGUGGGGGACAUGCUUCAGGAGGGCAUGUCUUCCCAUUCUUGGGAGAAAGAGUAAAGCAUAUGGAGCAGCAGACUCUUCCAAAAAGGCAGCACAGCAGAAGUGGUGGAGGAGUCCACCAAGGCCUUUCUUCAGCCGCACCAGCUGCAGUCACUUUUUCAGCCAUUCACCAGCAUUCAAAACCAAAUCAAUCAGCAGCUAGCAAAGCAGUCAGAGCUGAGCUGGGCUGGUCCUAAAGCCAGAUCCUCCCAGCUCUGUCCAGGCUGACUUCAUCACUCUCACAGCAGGAACACUAAGCCCCUUGCUGGCCCCCUGGCCACUGGGGAGGGCCACCUAGGCCAUCCGCUCUUUCUGGACUUACAUGUUGAGUGUUCUUUGAAACUGUCCUUGUCAUCUGCUAGUGUGUGAGCACUACCUACCGCAUGUUAGACUAUCCGAAGCCAGGGCUGACUCAGACUUGCUCUGCUGGCCAGGUGAGCAGCCUCAGCCGUGCCCUCAGGGGUCUUUCAUCCCCCUUCUCUUGCCUUCCCUCCCCUCCCCUCCACCCAAAGACAAAGCUUCCAAGUCUGUAUGGUGCCUUGUGAGUAUAUCCAGAAGGGAAGAUAAGUUUUUCAAAGGUCCUAACUAAGACCACUUGAACUCUGUACUAAGGCAGUGGGGAAUAGUUCUUGGUGGGUAUGCAGUAACCAUAUCACUCAUGUGCUUGUCCUUGUCCAACGUAACAGGAGAAACCAAACGUUGGCUUAUUAUCCACAAGGUGAGGAGAUAGGGCUUUUUAUUAGGGCAGCUCCCCUUCUCUAUGUCCCUUGUGUCAGAGAACAUUUUGAUUGACCAGUUAUUGGCCACUGUAGGUGUCCUCUCUCUGUUCCAGAUAAGGUUGCAGAAGUGGAAAAAAUCACCCAUUUGAGUACCCUUAGGAAGUGGGACAGCAUUUCUGAGAAGUGCUUAUUUCUCCUGCUCUUCCCUCCCCUCCCCUGACACCUCUCUGAGUAGUAGAGUAGAGUACUGGCAAAAAGGGUGGUUCAUACCAAUCCACUAGACUUGGUCCCAAAUCCCUUAGACCUAACCAGUCCAAGGCUGCAUUUGGGGUCAGGGUCCUGCCUUGCUUGUGGCUUUUUUGGGGGUGGGGGUGGAUGGUAGGGUUCAGCCCCCAGGUGACUAACCUCCUAGCCUGGUGUCCUGUGUGACCCUUGUGUCCCGUGUGAGCUUUCAUGGCAGGAACACUGCAGGGCAGGCUUGCAGAGUAGCGUAGCUGGGGUGGUGGUGAUUGAGCAGUUGAUGGUGUCCUGCCAUCAGGCAGCUCCCCUGCUCAUGUAUGUGGCUGAGUGUUAUUAAAGCCAACAUACCUUUGCAUUUUCUAAGUCUCCUACAAGCUUGCCAGCACUGUGCUCAAGAGGCAGUAUCUAACUUGGGGACAGUUUAGCUUUUGUCUCCUAAAAACCAUUUAGUGAUAAGUUAGUAAGAUCUCCUCUGCUGUGUUAAAAACAACAUAAAAACACAACCCUAAGGCCAUGAAUAAGGUUAGCAAGUGACCAGCCAGACUUCAGGAAUGAACUGAGGGGACUGGAGGGAAAGAUUAAUUGGAAGUUUUUUGUCACACCACCAGCAUUCCUGGCACCUUGUUUCAGAGCAAAGCCUAGUCCUUGGCAGGUGGGCUCAAAGCAUGUUGUUACCAAGGGCUGGAAUGAUUUGGUUUAACCUCUUUCUGUGAGGGCUUUGGGCAGGCUUAUCCUGAUUUGGCCACUUUGGCAAUUUUCCUCACCCUUAAUCACACCCAUUCCCCAAAUGCCAAGCCAUCUGCAGGCCCGCCAGGCACAACCAGCUCGAGAGGCCAGCACCUCACCAUCCACCGAGAAUAGAGCAGAUGCCAGUCUACCUCAGCCACUGCUGCCUGUCCUUCAGCAUCACUGACUGGCAUAAGCGUGUGAGGAAGCCAAGCAGCCAACAGUGGCAGGAGGGUGAGGUCCUGUGCUGGGCAGAUCUUAUGCUGCCUGUGCCCCUCCCCCUUGGAGGCUCAAUAAUGGGAAGGUUAUUUUUACCGUCCAGGCUCUGAUGGCCGGCCACACUAUUAAUAAGUUACAUGUGCUGUUCUGAAGGUAGAAAAAGAUUCUAGGGGAAAUGGGGAGCAGGCUGAGCCAGGAAUUCUGCUUCUCUUAGUCUAGGCCUUUCUAGCUCGUGUCUGGGCUGCUGGGCCCAAGUUGUUACCAAGAACCUUUUCCAUUUAUGUCCCUCAGCAGAACUUGCCAACAUUUCAGACAACUGUGUGCUGACCGCCUUUGUAGAUGUCUCUCUUUGCUGGAAUUUCUCAGACCCUAAAAACCCCAGACCUGGAUUUGGGUUUCUCUGAUUUUUUUUCCUAAGGGGUGAAUAAGAGUUAGGAGCAGAGAGUAUACCUUUUCCCAAGAUCCACAGCAAAACCAAACAAACAAACAAAAAACAAACAAACAAAAAACAAACAAACAAAAACCUUCCCUGGGAUGCCCCAUGUAACUGGGGGAGCUUGCUUUGGACUUCUUUUAUAAGCCUCAGCCUUCCCCCACUGGUUUCCCUAUCCCUUAGGGAGAGAAGAUGCAGAGGCCUUAAAGAGAACUAACUCCCCUCAAGAAGGGGAGCAUCACUAGGAAACUUCAUUCAUUCGUGAGCUCUUGGGGCAUCCUCUCUAGUGAAGGAUGUGUCAAAGGCUUGUGAGUCAGCAUAGUUAAGUGAUCUUCCACUCCAUUCCUCAGUAGGGAACUUUGGACAUGAAUAGGAUACAUGGGGAAAACUUGAAACCCCAAACAGAAUCCCUCUGUCUCUGUCUCAGGGCUGGCCCAGUGAGGAAGCCUUGACCAACUUCUCACUCUUUUACCCCAGUCCUCACAUGAAUAUUGAAAUUAACCUCUUAAAAGGCUGAAAAGACCUCCUUGGCUGUCUCAUGUCUGGCUUACUCACUUUUGUUUCAGUGGAUUAAGAAAAAGCACUGAGACUUAGUGGUUUUGUGGCCUCUAGUGCUUGGCAUCCCCUCUAGAAUUUGCCAUCAGCAGAUUCCAUUCUUUUGCAGAAGUGCCUUACUUGCCUGUGGUCUUCUGGCCUCACUUAAGCCUAAGCUGCCAGGGUAUAGGGCUGUUUGCCUCCUACAGCCAAAGAACACCUGACCCUGGUAUAUUGACAUGUAAAAGGGACAAGGAUUGCGACAGUGUAGCCUCAUUUUGUUUCUCAGCCUCCCCCUCCCCUGAACUCUGUUAGGGUUUGGUGUCCUCUGUUUUGCUUCUGGCUCCUCCCUUGUGGCUGCAGACACUGAGGAACCAACCUCAGGCACCUGUGCCUCCUCCUGAUUUUAGUAGACACUAAAGCCCCUGGUGUCUCUGAUCACACACCUUGAACCCUGUUUUCCCAGUGCCCACCAGAGUACAAAGAAAAGGUGCUGUGCCUAUGUAGCCUCUUCUGAGUUGUUUUGCUUUCCAUUCAACCCAAAGUUGAUAUGUUACAGGUGUUUACUUUUACUUCCCAGUCACAAGUGUUAACUCAUAGAUAACCUGUCUAAAGGUGGAUAUAGUCUGGCUGUUGCAGAACUGUUUUGAGCUCCUGAUUCAGUGUUACUUUGUAUUAGUAGUGGCUCCCCUCUCCCCGCCCCUUGCCUUCCUGCCCUUUUCUUGCUCUUCCGGGUUGUGCAAUAACUCUCCCAGCCAAUGGUCUCUCCCACAGGCCUCUCUGUUCCUGACAAUGCUGCCCUGCAACUGGGGAGGGAAGGGGCCGAUGGAAGGGGUAGUGUCAUCCCCUACAGAAGAAAUGUUAAGCCACUGUCCUUUUGUUGCUGUCAUUCACAUGGUCCUGGGUGGGCUUCUGCGACACUCUAGUAGAACAUGUAGCAUUGUCUUCAGAAGUCCAUGUAGUUUAAAAAAAAAAUCUAUUGAAAAUACCCUCGUGAUAGGGCAUUAAGAAGUAGUGUCUAGAAGAACUAAGAUCUGUCAUGACACCCAUGCCAUCACCAUCACUCUGCCUAAAAGCAUUUUGUAGUUUCUUGUUCAUGUGAAGGAGAUUUUUCAGAGUGCCAGCCCCACGUGGACAGCCCCAUUAACCGGUUAGCACCUGGCUGUGGUUACAAGUACCAUCAUGUUGUUAGGUACAGAUUUCAGUGUUUAUGUGAUGAGACUAUCAACCUCAUUUUUUCAGUUCCUCUUAUUUAUUAAACAUCUGAAGGGAGAGCUGAGGCUGCUGGUGCCCUGAGCAACUCAUAAUGCAAAUGUGGACAAAUUGUCUGUUUUUCUACUUUAGCCUGUUCAUGUUAUGGACCAAAUUCAACAAGGAACUCAAGGAACAUUUGUAACUGCCAUAUUGUAUUUAUGCUUUCAUGUAAAAGGUUUUGUUUUUUUUUUUGGGCGGGGGGAUGCUUUUUACUUUCAGUGAACUCUUUUCAGAAUCCUUUUCCCACUGUUUCUGUCUGGUUUUAGAACAAAUUACAGUUUUGUAUGGAUUUUUUUAAUGUACAUUUUGAAACAAAUGAUCAACAAUUAUUUUUAAAAUAACUGAAUAAAAGGAAUAGAAUUAUCA